UCGUGUUAUUUUAUGCCGUCUCUUCGGACGCCACAUGAUGCUCGGCGGUUCUUGUUCGAUCCACUGAAGUGAACCCGAACGACGGCAUGGCUGGCUUUCCAGGGCAUUCACACACCUGUCGUUCUAUAUGUUCCAAAGCGAGACGCCAAUGAUGGCAGGGAAUCCCACUUUACUUGAGGCUUCCGCGCUAUUCUGGCGUUGAGGUCGGUUUCUCGUCGUGCGUCCGAUGCCCCGCGAUGUUGGUGUUAGGUGAAGAGUAGCGAGGUUUUCGGAGACAUGGAGGUGGCCCUGAGAGCUAACCGGAGCUUCCUGUUAAUGAGAAGAACGCCAUGUCUGUUGCUGGGGACGUGCUUGUGGCUGGUCAUGGGAAUACUCGCCGAUGCGGCUGGGAAUUCCAGCUCUAAUUCUUCUUCUCUGCCGUCUUCGUCGAGGCCGAGUGCUGUGACCAUAGGUUCUUUAUUCACUCGGGAUUCCGUGAUCGGAAGAGCCGCGAGACCAGCAAUUAAAGCUGCAAUCGACGAUGUCAACAAGGAUUCGAGCAUUCUUGCCGGUACAGAAUUGAAACUUCUCGAGUAUGAUACGAAUUGCAGCGGAUUUCUCGGAACCGUCGAAGCUUUGCAGCUCAUGGAGCAUGACGUGGUUGUUGCCAUAGGCCCGCAAUCCUCUGGAAUAGCUCACGUCAUAUCCCAUGUAGUUAAUGAGCUUCAUGUGCCGUUGCUUUCGUUCGGAGCGACUGACCCAACUCUGUCUCCGCUACAGUACCCUUAUUUCAUCCGUACCACGCAGAGCGACUCUUUCCAGAUGUAUGCGAUUGCGGAUUUGGUUGAAUACUAUGAGUGGAGGGAAGUAGUUGCAAUCUUCGUAGAUGAUGAUUACGGCAGAGGUGGGGUUUCGGUCCUUGGCGACGCUCUGGCAAACAAGCGUUCCAAGAUUUCUUAUAAGGCCCCCUUCACUCCUGGGGCGUCGGAAAGUGCAAUCAAGGAAUUGCUGAUUGGAGUGAAUAACCUGGAGUCCAGGGUAUAUGUUGUACACGUCAAUCCCGACACUGGUCUUCAAAUUUUUUCGAUUGCCAAUAGUCUUGGGAUGAUGGCUGGCAGUUAUGUUUGGAUUGCCACUGAUUGGCUUCCUUCGGCUUUAGAUUUAUCUGAUACAGUCAACACCGAAAGGAUGAAUCUCUUGCAAGGAGUUAUAGCUCUCCGUCAUUACACGCCAGAUUCGAGUACAAAGAAGAGCUUCUUGUCUCGGUGGAAGAGCUUGAAGUUCGAGAAUACGGCUACCCCUAAUUCCUAUGCUCUGUAUGCAUAUGAUUCCGUUUGGUUAGCUGCCCGUGCUCUCGACACUUUUCUCAGUGAAGGCGGAAACAUUUCCUUCUCUGACGAUGCAAAGUUGGUUGGCUUGAAUAGAAGCACUUUGAGCUUCUCCACUCUCCGCGUCUUUGAUGGAGGGACGAGAUUGCUUCAGAUACUUCUGACUACAAACUUCACAGGUUUAAGCGGUGAAAUCCAGUUCAAUCCGGAGAGGGAUCUGAUCCACCCGGCAUUGGAUGUUCUAAAUAUCGGGGGCACAGGGAGCCGCAGGAUCGGAUACUGGUCAAAUUACUCUGGUCUUUCAGUCGUCCCUCCUGAAACGCUGUAUGACAAGCCGCCUAAUAGAUCGGCGAGCAGUCAAACUCUUUACAGUGUAAUAUGGCCUGGUGAAAUGACAUCGAAGCCUCGAGGAUGGGUAUUCCCUAACAAUGGGAAACCUCUGCAAAUUGUAGUGCCGAACCGAGUGAGUUAUAAGCAGUUUGUAGCGAGAGACAAGAAUCCUCCAGGUGUGAAGGGAUUUUGCAUUGACAUCUUUGAGGCGGCCUUAAACUUGCUGCCUUAUCCAGUUCCACACGUGUACAUCUUACUUGGAGAUGGCAAGAGCAACCCUACCUACAACGAUCUAGUUUAUGCGGUUGCCGAGGAAAAAUUUGAUGCGGCUGUUGGAGAUAUUGCAAUUGUCACGAACAGGACAAAGGUUGUGGACUUCACUCAGCCAUACAUGGAGUCGGGGCUUCUCGUCGUUGUUCCUGUGAAGGAGGAAAAAUCUAGUCCCUGGGCUUUCCUCAAACCAUUUUCGUUGCCGAUGUGGUGUGUCACCGGUGCCUUCUUCCUCUUCGUGGGGGCUGUGGUUUGGAUUCUUGAACAUCGGCUCAAUUCAGAAUUCCGAGGCUCACCGAGGCAACAAAUCAUUACCGUAUUUUGGUUUAGUUUCUCGACUAUGUUUUUCUCACAUAGAGAGAACACUGUGAGCACCUUGGGACGGUUGGUGUUGAUCAUAUGGCUCUUCGUGGUACUGAUAAUCAACUCAAGCUACACGGCUAGUUUGACGUCAAUCCUCACAGUGCAGCAACUGACAUCUGGUAUAGAAGGGAUCGACAGCUUGAUAUCGGGUUCAGACCGAAUCGGAGUCCAAAAAGGGUCAUUUGCGCGGAAUUAUCUCAUUGAUGAGCUUAACAUAGCGGAAUCUAGGCUCGUUACAUUGGAAAACGAGGUAGAUUAUGCAGUUGCUCUUGAGAAAGGAUCAAAGGGAGGUGGAGUCUCAGCUAUCGUCGACGAGCGUCCUUAUAUCGAUCUUUUCUUGUCCAACGCAAACUGUGCAUUCAGGACAGUGGGGCAGGAGUUCACAAGAAGUGGCUGGGGAUUUGCGUUCCAAAGGGACUCCCCUCUCGCAGUUGAGUUGUCGACUGCAAUCCUUCAACUUUCCGAGAAUGGCGAUCUCCAAAGGAUUCAUGAUAAAUGGCUAUCGGCCUCCGAAUGCUCGGCUGAAGUAAAUUCAGAGGAGGAAAACCGGCUCUCUCUGAGCAGCUUCUGGGGCCUGUUCCUCAUUUGCGGCAUCGCCUGUUUCCUUGCUCUCGCUUGCUUCUGCUGUAAGAUCUUCUCGCAGUACCGCAGAUUCACCCCCGAGACUGGGGAACCCGAGAUUGAGAUCGAACCUGCCAAUGCUCGACGCCCAGCUCACGCGACUAGCUUCAAGGACUUGAUUGACUUUGUGGACAAGAAAGAAGAGGAGAUCAAGCACAUGCUGAGGCGGAAGAGCAGCGAGGAGAAGCGACAAGCCAACCAGUGCUUAGAUGGGCAUCCGUCGCAUUCUGCCGUCUAAGAAGAUUUUCUCUGGCCAUCACACGUUCUUGUAUUUUCUUCUCUAUUAGCUGUAGGAUGUGCGCAGAGUCAAGAGUAUAGUUGUACAUCUGUAUCGCAUUAAGUCGAGCUUCCACGAGUUAAAACAAGUGGAAUCAUGGAAUACAACACGAAGGUAAACGAAUUUGCGGAAGAA